ACAUGUAGCUGUUUUAAGAUACAGAGCCAAGAGAGAGAAGGGGGGGGGGAGCAAUAUACUGGGCUUUUUUCCUUUCACCGUUGCGUACAGUUUUCAAGCUUGCCCAAGUUGAAGAAUGGUAUAGAGCGUGCGUGCAUUCCCACCCUUGUAGCCUUGUGCUGACUGCAAAAGGGAAGACAAUUUCCCUAUCCUUUCUUUAAGUUUUGGUUCUGUGUUACCACAGGAAUGGACACGCCCAGGCCUGGGCUACUCACAGCGAGACUGUUGCUGCUGUUGGAGACUCAGCCAUGGACGCCUCAGAGUAUGAGGGAAAGGCGAGAGAGCCGUCGAAAAGCCACAGGUUCCGCAAGACAGCUGCAACUGUCACGCAUCUCUGUGGACUGGUCCUGAGCAGGAAAAGAUAUAUUGAAAGGAGUCCAGUAGUGCAAUGGGCAACCUUUCAGUUGAAGAGGCAGAUGAACUUCAAAAACGACAAUUUGUUCAGCAUUAGUGAUUAUUCUAAAAAACAGUUUCAGAAGAAAGGUUUUGAAAAGCUUAAGCAUCUGUUAAAUAUUUGUCCAAAACAAAGAAGGCAGCAAGACAUUCUGAAGAUACAAGCGUGCUUAAAGACAAACAGAGCCUUUCAAUGCUUGCCCAGCAAAACACAACUCCAGCUGUGCCAAGCUUUCAUCUACCAAGAGUAUGAAGCUGGAACUAUCAUUAUCAGACAAGGAUAUGUGGCAACUGAAUGUUAUUUAGUGUUGUCUGGCAAACUGAAAAUCAUAAUGGCUGAUGCAAAGUUUUUAACUCCUGAAAUAUUAUAUGAAGCUGAAGAGGGAGAUUUUAUAGGGGAAACCUGCUUGUUGACUAAUACAAGACGCCCUGCUACUGUUAUAUGUAAAUCUGAUGCAGAACUUGUUGUGAUAGACAAGGAGGAUUUUAAACAUAUUCUUGCUGAAUUAAAAUGCGAACAACACCAUACAACUUGUCAUUUUUUAAGAAAACUCCCACUGUUCUCCACAUGGCUACCAGGAAAAAUAGAUUUUCUUCUUCAUUGCUCUCUACAGAGAUUUUACAGGGCUGGUACAACUGUUGUAAUUGACAGUCUGAACUCUUACUUUCUGGUUAUUGUGAAAUCUGGCCGUUCCAUGGAGGCAGCAAAGCUAGAUCCAGAGAUAAUUAGCACCUGGAAUGCUACAUUGAGAAUGACACCUAGAUAUAAAUCUGAAAAACAAAAGCCACAGAUAGCUGCAGUAACAUAUUGUUCACCUGAGGCAAGAAAAGUCUUCAGUGAACAGGAAAACAAAGGUUCAGAAGGAAAAUAUGAUAAUGGUAUAAAGAGAAUUCGUAGGAAGACAGAAGUAAAGGUAGCUUCAUUACCUCCCCGAUUCCUAAAGAUUAGGACUCUUCAACAAAGUGAUAUUUUUGGAUUGGCAGAAAUAAUGGACAGAUUCUGUGGCCUUCAGCUCAGUUUGAUCAGUGAAGGUGCAGAGUGUGUAUUUAUUCCCAAAAGACUUUUUCUGCUGGAAGCACCCCCUAAAUCCAAGCGGAUAGCUCUAGAGAUGGCGAGCAGCUAUCCCCAAAAGAAUAUGAUCCAAGAGAGCUACAUUAUACAACAACUAUGGAGCAUCUACAAAUCAAAACUUAUUGGACAACACCUUGAAAGUUGUGCUAGGCUAGCUUCACCAAGUACUAGCGUCUGGUAGGCAUAUUUGGUGGACAGCCCCCAGUUUCUGGAUUGAUAAAGAAAAAUUAUUAACUAUAUUUCAGCUCUGCUUAAAUUAUUGGUCAACACAUCUUACACCAUAUCUGAACAAAAACACAUAAAAUAUAACAAAUUAAAAAUCAAUAUUUUAACAAAAGAGCUUAGCUAUAACUAACAUUUUCUCGGUAGAUUUGCUGGAUCUUUCUCUAGCUCCAAAACAAAGGCCUGGUUAAGACACAGGACUAUUGAUUAUGAAAGACAACAGAGCCUAGCACUGGAAUUCUAGGUUCUCUUAUUGACCAGUUGUGGAAACAAUUAUUGGUUCAGGAUGUAAGACUCACUGGCUCUUGGUUGAUGCAGGAUCAUACGGAGGGUAUACCUGCAGUACAAAUAUUUAUUGAUUGUAUACUGAUUUAAUUGUUACAGCUUUCCUGAAAGAAUCCUGUAAUUAUAGCCUUGGUGAUAGUCUUGAGAAUAUUUUGUGGCGAUAAUGUCUUUAUUAUGAGUAAUUGCAUGGGUACUAAUCAAUCACAAACAUAUAAACAUCACUCAACAGUGAGGGAUAUUCUUUCUGGAGGGAAAAUGAUAUUUAAUCAGGAAGCUAGGGAAGGAUAUAGGAGAAAAAUAUAAAAUCUUGAAUCUACACUGGUACUUUAACUGUAGUGUAUACUGUGGCCUUCUUUCUUCUGCAGAAACUCUUAAUUUGUUGAUUACUUGAGUGACAUUUUGCUGGCCUUUCCCAAGUAAUGUGCAGGUUUUGAUGCCUGUUUCCCUUGUGCAGGAUUAUUGAAUUUCCUCUAGAAAGAAAGCCCAGAAGUCUUGGGUCUGGGAUUAUUAUUAUUCUUCCAAGGCUCCCCAACCCAGACCUGGAGUUGGUUGCCCUUUGACUCAUACAGUGUUGUGGCCCAUACUAAACUGUUAUGAAUCUGUUUCCAUUAUGUAUAAUGCUUCCAGGAGGCAUCCUCCAGAGACCAAUUAUCUCCAUCUGGAGAGUCAGUGUUCAUGAUUUCCCUUCCAAUUUUCCUCCUCUAAAAUAGCAAUUUGAUCAAAAUAUAAAUAUAGUCAUUUAAAAGGUCUUCUCCCCCACUCAAUACUCCCUGUUAGAAGCUGUUUCUAUUCUGACUAGUAAAUAAUCUGCUGUACAUUAUAAACAGAUACUUGAUCUCUUCUAAGGUUAUGUUCC